CUGAGACAUCUGAGGAGACAUCUGGAGACAUCUGAGACAUCUGGAGACAUCUGAGGAGACAUCUGAGGAGACAUCUGGAGACAUCAACACCCGGAUAUGAAGAGGACAUGGAUCCAAGCUAAAGAGCUGGAUGUGCUUUUAAAGGCCGACAUGGAGCUGCGGAGAGAAGCAGUUUUACCUUCAGAUGUAAGAAAAGUGAUCGUUGGUGAAGAAGAGGUUCCUCCUGAGCAGCAGGAGUGGAGCUCCAGUCUGGACCAGGAGGACCCAGAGCCCCCCCACAUUAAAGAGGACCAGGAGGAGCCAGAGCCCCCACACAUUAAAGAGGAACAGGAGGAACUCUGGACCAGUCAGGAGGGAGAGCAGCUUCAAGGGCUGGAGGAGGCUGAUAUCACCAAGUUCACAUUCACUCCUGUCCCUGUGAAGAGUGAAGAUGAUGAAGAGAAACCUCAGUCCUCACAGCUUCAUCACAGACGUACUGAACACAUGGAGACAGAAGCUGAUGGAGAGGACUGUGGAGGACCAGAACCAGACAGGAACUCGGAUCCAGAUAGACAUCCAGAACCGGAGACUGGAGACUCUUCUGAACCUGAGACUGAUGACAGUGAUGAUUGGAAGGAGACCAGAGAACCUCAGUCAGGUUUAAACAAAGUCCCUAUCAUAGAUUCAAAAUGUCCUGAUGGUAAGAAACUAUUUAGCUGCUCUGACUGUGGGAACCGAUUUAGCACCAAGGGAACCCUGAAGGAACAUAUGAGAAUUCACACGGGGGAGAAACCAUUCAGUUGUACAGUUUGUGGUAAAAGAUUUUCACGAAAGGGACACUUGACACAACACAUGCCAGUCCACACAGGAGAGAAACGAUUCAGCUGCAGUAUGUGUAACAAAAGAUUUGCCUGGUGUUCACAGAUCACAAGACAUAUAUGUGUCGGUCCUCAGUCCUCACAGCGUCAUCAGAGUCAGACUGAGGAGAACAGAGAGGCAGAACCUCCAAACAGCAGCUCAACUGAACUGAUGAAAACAGAAGCUGAAGGAGAGGACUGUGGAGGACCAGAACCAACUAGAACCUCAGAUCCAGAUACUGUGGACAAGAAAUCUUUUACACAGAGAGGACAUUUACAGAAACAUUUGACACAUCAGACAGAAGAAAAAAGAUACAGCUGCAGUGUUUGUAAGGAAACAUUUGCCUGGCAGUACCAGAUCAAAACACAUCAGUGUGUCGGUCAUCAGUCCUCACAGCUUCAUCAGAGUCAGACUGAGAUCAGAGAGACAGAACCUCCAAACAGGAGCUCAGAUCCAGAUAAUCAUCCAGAACCAGAUACUGAUAAAGAGACUGAACCAUCUUCUGAACCUGAUGACAGUGUUGACGUUGAGUUUUGGAGAGAGACCAGGAAACAUCAGUCAGGGUUCACUUAUCGCAGAAAUAAAAAAGUCUCUGUUAAUGAUGGAUUUAAUACCAGCGAGAAACCAUUCAGCUGCUCUGAUGACAAGGCUGAAACUGAUCCCAAGACUGGUGACAGAGUUGAUGGUGAUCAACCUCCGUCAGAUCUAAAGCGUAUAAAAGCUGAGGAAGUCUCCGUCAGUGUCUCAGGAUGUAACACUGACAUGAAACCUUUCAGCUCCUCUGAGUGUCAUCAAAGAUCUGAAGACAGUCUCACUCUGCUGACACUCAAGAAACCGCCCACAGGAGAGAAACCAUUCGGCUGCUCACUUUGUGGUCAAUUAUUUAACCAGCAGGAAAGCUUACGUUCUCACAUGACCUGUCACUCAGGGGAGAAACCUUUCCGCUGCUCUGUGUGUAACACAGACUGCAGUGACAGCGAGUCUUUAGUUCAACACAUGAGGAUCCACACGAGACGAACUCGGUUUAGAUGCCAAACUUGUGGUGAAGAGUUUGCAUGGAGGAGAUAUCUGACAAAACAUAUGGAAGUUCACACAAAGGAGAAAUUCUACAUCUGCAGAGAUUGUGACCAAACAUUCACCUGGUAUAACACGCUGAGAAACCAUAGAUGUGUUGGUCGUCAGUCCUCACAGCUUUGUCAGAGUCAGACUGAGGAGAACAGAGAGGAAGAACCUCCAUCCAGCAGAUCAACUCAACACAUGGAGACAGAAGCUGAUGGAGAGGACUGUGGAGGACCAGAACCAGACAGGAACUCAGAUCCAGAUAGACAUCCAGAACCAGAUACUGAUGAGGAGACUGGAGACUCUUCUGAACCUGAGACUGAUGACAGUGAUGAUUGGAAGGAGACCAGAGAACCUCAGUCAGGUUUAAACUCUCUGAAUAAUGAUGAGGUUUCUGUCAGUGAAUCCAGAUGUAGCGCUGGAGAGAAACCAUUUAGCUGCUCUGAGUGUGGGAAAAUAUUUAGCACCAAGAGAAAUCUGAAGAGACACUUGAGAUCUCAUACAGGAGAGAAACCAUUCAGCUGCUCUGUUUGUAAGAAAUAUUUUACACAAAGCGGAAGUUUACAGACACACAUGAGAAUCCACACAGGAGAGAAACCAUACAGCUGCAGUGUUUGUAAGGAAACAUUUUCCUGGCAUCAUCAGAUCAAAAAGCAUAAAUGUACUGGUUGUCAGUCCUCACAGCUUCCUCGCAGACGUACUGAACACAUGGAGACAGAAGCUGAUGGAGAGGACUGUGGAGGACCAGAACCAGACAGGAACUCAGAUCCAGAUAGACAUCUGAGUGUGGGAAAAUAUUUGUGA